ACACACCCUCAUUCUCUGAAGGAACUCACACACACACACACACACACACACACAUCCUCUCACAUAUACACUCACAGCUGCUCAUACUUCUCUCAGUGGUGAACACCGGGGCAGUGGAGGAACCGAGCCCGCGGGAAUCUGAGCGGAUCUGCUGCUGGGGAACCUGGGAGGACAAGUGGACCGACUGGUUCUCUCUCCGACCGCUGCCUGGCUCUCACUUUCAGACCUCCCCGUCCCGCUCUUUCUCAUUUGACCCUCUCGUCUCCCUCGGCUCCUCUCUGGGACUCUCUGUGUUGGAAUUUUGUGCGCGGACGGCGAGCAACAGAGGAAAACAGAGACAUGUGUUUUGCCUCCGCCGCCUACCACCACUGCCUGUUCUCUCCAAUUCACUGACCGAGGAGGAAACACAAGGUGAGAGUCAGAGCAGCAGCCGGCGAGCGAGCGAGCGAGGUGAAGCAGGCAUGAGUGCGGACAGCCAUCAGGGGGUGAUAACCACCCCACCUCCGCCUAGCGGAGGGACCAAGGAGCGCUACUUCGACCGGGUUGACGUCAAUGAUCCGGAAUACAUCAGGGCCAGGAACAUGUCGCCCGACCUCCGACAGGACUUCAACGUUCUGGAGCAGAAGAAACGUGUCACACAGAUACUCCAGAGCCCCGCCUUCAAGGAAGAGUUGGAGAGUCUGAUUCAGGAGCAGCAGCGGAAAGGGAACAACCCCACUGGCCUGCUGGCCCUCAGGCAGAUCGCCGACUUCUUCAUGGCCAGCUCAGUGGCUGGCUUCAACACCUCCCCCCUCAGUCUGGGGAUGGUCACUCCCAUCAACGACAUGUACGGGGUGGAAUCCACCACGAUGGUGAAAGGCGAGAAGCUGACGCGCUGUAAACUGGCCAGCCUCUACAGACUGGUGGACCUGUUCAGCUGGGCACACUUCACCAACUCUUACAUCACAGGCCGAGUCAGUAAAGAGCAAGACCACAUCCUUAUCAUCCCCAGAGGACUGUCAUUCGCUGAGGCAUCUGCAUCGAACCUGGUCAAAGUCAACAUCAUCGGUGAAGUGAUCGAGCAGGGCUCCACCAACCUGCGGGUGGACCCCGCCGGCUUCAGCCCCCACGCUGCCAUCUACUCCAUGCGUCCAGACAUACGCUGCAUCAUACACGUGCACACCCCUGCCACGGCUGCCGUGUCGUCUAUGAAGUGCGGCAUCCUGCACAUUUCCCAGGAGGCAUUGACCCUGGGGGACAUCGCCUACUACAACUACCAGGGCAGCCUGGACGACCAGGAGGAGCGCCGGGACCUGCAGAAGGCCCUGGGGCCGACAACAAAGGUUUUGGUGCUGAGGAAUCAUGGCGUGGUUGCUCUUGGGGAAACCAUCGAAGAGGCCUUUCAUUACAUCUACAGUGUCCAGUAUGCCUGUGAAAUCCAGGUGAAGGCCAUCUCGUGUGCCGGCAGCGUGGACAACCUGAUAGUGCUGGACCAGGAGAAGUACAAAGCACAGGUGUACGACUUGACCUCGGAAGGCGCUGCCAGUGUCAACCUCGCAGGCCAGUACAAGUGGAAGGCUGGGGAGCUGGAGUUCGAGUCGCUGAUGAGAAUGCUGGAUAACCUGGGCUACCGGACAGGUUACGCCUACAGGCACCCCAUCGUCCGGGAGAAGCCGAGGCACAAGAGCGAGGUGGAGAUCCCCGCCACCGUCACGGCGUUUAUGUUCGAGGAGGACGGGGACUGUGGCGCCACGCGCCUGCCAUUCAAGUUCCUGCAGCAGCGACAGCAGCGGGAGAAGACGCGCUGGCUCAACUCGCCGAACAGCUACACCAAGGUCAACGUGGAGGGCGGAGAGGAGCGCUACAACAGCCGGACAACCACGUGGAUGAAGGCGGAGGAGACGGGAACCCCGAUCAGGAUCGAGGACGCCAACCAGUUUGUCCCUCUCAACACAGACCCCAGUGAGGUGCUGCAGAAGAGGAACAAAAUCAGAGAGCAGAACCGGUUCGAUGUGAUGUCGUCAGGUCCACGCUCUCAGCACCUCGCGGGAAUCCCUGUCGAUGAACCACGACGGGAUCUGGUGCAGAUCAAAGUGCUGCCAUACGUGCCCACAGAGGAGGAGCAGAUGGCUCCCCUGCCUCCCAACCCCUUCACUGAGCUGUCGGAGAAGGAAGUACAGGAGUACCGCAAGAACGUGGAGAGGAGGCAACUGGGACUCAGUGAUGGCGAGCACGAGCUAACCUCCGACGACGGCUCCACUCUCUCUCAGUCUCUGUCUCUCACCCAGUCCCCACAAAGCACUCCAGCUAAAGAAGAGAACCACACGGGCCUGAUGAAUGGCAAAGACAACCACGGCGACGUGGAUGAGGAGCUGUCCAAGCGCGUCAGCCAGCUGACCACCAGCGUGGAGAGCGUGGAAAUCACGGUGCGCUCCGGGGAGAAAAUCGAGGAGGCGCUGUCCCCCGAGAGCUCGCCCUCCAAGUCCCCCAACACCAAGAAGAAGAAGAAGUUCCGCACCCCGUCCUUCCUGAAGAAGAACAAAAAGAAAGAGAAGACAGAGGCCUGAGGAUUGAAAGGAGCAGCCUCGUGUGUAGAAGAAGAAGGAGGGGCGGCAGCCACCGUUCAUGUUAAAUGUCUGUGUUUUUAUUUGGUCUCUGUUUCCAAUGUCCUUCUAUGUUUUUAAUUUUAUUAGAUUUGUUUUUUUAACAAAAGCUUUUAUGUUCAAAAGGAUUACAAAAAAAAUUAAUCGGUUUGUCACGUUGAAAGACAAGAGUGUUUGGGAAAUUUUGGUUGGGCAUAUGUUAAAACCGCAGUAGAGGUGGGGCGUCUACACGCCCGAUCCCCCGUGCAGUCCUCGAACAGGGCUCCCCGGGAGCCAUUACGUGUCAUUCGAGGCCGCUCAGAUCCCGAAAAACUGGCUCCUCCGGAGUCGUCUCCCCGGGCUGACAAACGGAACUCGAAACCGCAACGCAUACUUCUCUCUCCAAAGUCCAAUUUCAUGAAACGAUUGGAUCGCAACCCGAAUGUUGUAAAACUGCACAAGUUGAAACUAAACCUCUCGCUGUUUUCCUCUUACUGUCGAGACGUUGGCAUUCUGGUCGCCUGACUCUGCGUCGGGAACUGAGAGGCCCCACGAGACCUGAGGUCACACUGGAAAGGGUUUGCGUUGGUUAACUUGCCGCGAAGGGGAAGCUUCCCCUCCGCCCCCGCGUCACACUCGUCAGGCUUCCUCAGGCGCAGGCCUCCGACACGAACCUUCUCCUCCGGCCGAUGGCGUCUGAGCUGCGGACGAGUCGAUGGGUUGACGAACUGGACUAGGUUGUGAGGAUGAAGGCUGAUAGUCUAUUACAGCUAAGUUGACAUAAUCUCAAAGAGCUGCCGGCCCAUUGAAUAUAUUUAUGUAGCAUUUUCAUCUCUCCUCGUCAUCUCAGUGUUUUUGCCAAACUAAAUGGAGGAAUGGGGAAAACGCUCUCAUGUUAGUACAGCGUCACUGUUUGCGUCUAGUUUUGUCAUCUCGUGAAAUUUGAACUUUUUUUUUUUUUAUUGAACACAAUUUUGGUAUUAGACGACUAUGUUUUGUACUCAUUUCUACGCUUUUCCAGAGAAUGCAGAUGUUACGCGUUGUUUUCUCUUUUUGCAAGAGCGGAAUUUAUAUGGCUGACUUUGUUCUGUAGUGAUGCCCGAUUGCUCAAAUUAUAUACACAGAUCUACUAUAUAACAUGAAAACUGGAUAUGUUGGCUAUCGAUUUUUAACGAUGUAUGUUUUAUUUCAUUGUGCUGCACUUUUCUCGUGGUAUACAACACGUUUUAGUUGCAGGUGGGUUUCACCAGUGAAGGAGAUUGUGAAGUAUUUGGUCAAAGUUUAGCAAGUAGCAAGCAAGGCAUGGUGUUGGAAAAGAAACAAACAUAAAAACAAGUCAGGGGCCAGGAAGUCAGUCGUAUGAAGACGGAGAGAAGAGUUAGCUCAUUAGAAAUGAUCUCUACUUAUAAGUAAAAUCAUAAAAAACAGGGAGUGAUGCGCUGGAAUACUGCAUCAAACUAUCUGCAGUCAUUUGCUGAAAUGAGAAUCAUGGGUCGUGGAGCAGUGACAGAUUUGUUUGGCGUGUUUGUGUGUGUGUGUGUUUUCAAAGCCAUAUUGUAAUUUUCUUCUAAUUACGAGACAAGGGUUGCGAUUCUCGUCCGCCUGCUCGGGCACGAAGGACCCUCACAAGACUUGUGUAAAUCACCCCAGUGACUGCAUCGCCCCCUCUCAGGCUUCCAAAAGCUCUAUUUUCAGUAGCUUCGUUCACAGCAGCUACGCUUCCUUCGCUUGAUUCGCCAUUAACCUCCCACUGCAACUGUCAAAUUCUAGGGAGGUCGUAUGGAAACCCUCCCCUCGUGUAAUCGCUCUUGUAAACACGACACGUGUUGUAACUGUCAGAUGACCCGCAGUUGAACUCUGCAAAGCCAGAGUGUGAUGGGUCGCCACACAUCCUCCCCCCGCAGUUUAACCAGAUUUACCAAUAUCCCGGUUAGCAAUGUGAAGUAUUGGAUUUGGAGGGAGGGGUGGUCGGGCUGAGGGACACAUCCUUAGCAAUGUUAAACGACAGCGCUUGGCUCUGGGCGAAGGGCGGAGGUCGCACGACCGAGUGAUGGAGAAGGGAGGUUGGGAGUUUGAUAUUGAAAGUGCGUUCAUGUGUGUUGAGCAGAGGUGGGGCAGCACAACCUGACACUAACGCACCAUAUUUUGAUCAUGCAGACCUUUUCUUUCUUCUUUCACACCAUCACUCCUGAAACGAUUUUUUCAUCCUCCAUUUGUAUCGCAGUACACUUUUCUUUUUUUUCUUUUAGUUUGCGGAGCACUAGGCUUUUUUUAAUUAACCAUUUCAUGAGCAGAUGUUGCUCCCAGAUGAACUGAAUGUGCAUUGCAUCCUUUUUACUUCCUCCUCCUCUGUUUCCGACCGUUUGCACCUUGCUUUACUAAUGCCUCUAUCCACCUUUUCUUUUUCUUCUGUUUAAAAAAAAAAGGAAAAAAAAAGAACGACUUUUGCUUUGGCAUGCCAGAAUGAGCCAAGCUACUUUGUGACCUGUGAAAAUCCUCUAUAAAUGGUUAUCUAAUGGAGUUGCUUUUAGAUGUAUUGCUAAUCAGUGUACAUUCACAAAUAAAACUGUAUUUUAAGAAA